AUGAUAAGAAAGCUACUUAGCACAUUCGUCAUUACGGUCAUAGUCAGAUGCACUAAUUUGUCCUCUCAAAAUGAUCCAAAGGAAGUGCAAACCCUGUUGGACAGGAAUUCAUUCAGGAUAGACAUCGAAAAUAGGGAGGAGUGCUCCCUUAUAUAUGACACAAUGAAGAUGCAUUUCAGGCACGUCUACUUAGUUCAGUGUGGGAGGCAUGCCAAAAGUGUACAACUAAAUUUGGGGGGAGAGUCAAAAAAGAGGGGUGCACAUCAGAGCGGAGAUGCGAUUAAAAAAGGUGGAGCACAAAAAAGCGAAGAAACAAACCAGCAGUGCAGUCCGGGGAGAAAAAAUCAAGUUGCCUUCUUCAAUGAACGGGGGAAAAAAAUAACCAGAGAUAACAUAAUCCUCAAGCGUGCAAAUAACAGAAAAGUAAUUUACAAGGUUUGCCAAAUGGAGGACCCCUCCCAAUGCACCAUCAUUUAUGUCAUCAUUUCGUUCAAGUUUGAUGUAAUGGACCUGCGAGAGUUGCUCCUUAGUAAUUUUACUACAGACGAAAAGGAAGGAGCCAAAUUAAACAUGCUGUACCCAGACAAUGUGAGAGUGGGGAAUAGAAAUAAAUACCUCCUUCAGCACUUCCUCCUCGAUAGCAAAAAAAUAACCCAGUUUUACGAAAUUAGCGUUAACGUGACGAAUGACGGUCAUCCAUUGUAUCUGUACGCUUCAUCCCACGCGUCCAACUUUGUCUACCUUGAUAGAAAUUUACGCAAUCUGUUGAAAGAGGAAAACUACCAAUACGAAACCUACUUCUAUAAAUUUAGAUGUGCGGAUAACUUCCAACUAUUUGCGGCGACUAGCGACACCAACAAGGCGAACUUGUUCGUGUAUAGAAUAGGCAUUACGUGCAGAGGAGCUAGAGAAGGUAGCGAAGUUAACGAAAUUAGCGGCGGUGGCAGAAGCGACUUCAGUUCCCUCUUCGAUGUAAGCGUUGCGGAUCCCACGUUUAUUAUGCCUCCAUUUCGUAUGGACGAGUUCAAGUAUGAUGUGUUCACCCCUGGUAACAACUUCUGGCUUCGCAUUAACUCCCCAAAUGUGUGUCACCCCCCGAGUAAUAUCUCCCUAAAUGACAAAAGAGUGAUCACUGAGUACAACCUGGUAACGUUAAAUGAGAACAUGGACGAACUGUUCUAUGACGACUGCAUAGAGGAAUGGAAACUCCUGCAGAAAAGCAGUCCUGUUCGGCAGGAUGAAAACUGCUUGGACGUAAAAAAGAGACAAGAUUAUUUAAUCUUCGGAAAUGUGCACGACGAGGACGCAUCCAACUACCCAAAGGAGUGCAAAACUGACCUGUUUGGAGAAAGGAUACACCUGGAAAGCUCUUCCUGGAAAAAUAUCUUCUCAUCAAAGAGGAAAAUAAAACUUCGCAACCAUCAAGAAAUAAACAAAGUUAUAUUCCCCACGAAAAGGGUCUUCAUACUAAAGUAUACGAGCGAACCGCAGAAGAAACACACCAAUGUUGGAGCUAACACGAUGAGCGACAAAACGAAGGUUCUAUACUACUUUUUUUACAUACAUAAAAUCCCAACCAAUAUUAUAGCCAACAGUUUCGAAUUUAUAGCCUUCUUAAAAAAUGCAAAAUGUACCCCAAACAAUAUUUGCCACCUGGAAAAUGAUAGACAACCAUCCUACAUCCAAGUUGUAUUUAAAAAAAAAAAAAAUAAAUAUUUGAAUUACUUAAGCACAAACCUGCUACUAACCCAGAAAAAUGCAAACUGGAGUCACUACUUUGACAAAAGGGACAAUCUCAAAUUACUCAUAAAUAAUGAAAAUAUAUCCGACCAUACUAAGUACUCAAUAAACGAAAUAGGGAAAAAGGAGGAAAGAAUUAACAUAAAAAUAGUCGACCAAAAUAAUAACAUUCUUUACAACAACGAUUUGAUUAUUAUAAGGAAAAAUGUAUUUUAUAAAUUUGCCUUACAAUUACUUUCUUACUUUUCCUAUGCGUAUAUUAUUUUAUGUUUCUGUCUGCACACAGCAACAGUUUUAACAACUAUUCAAUUUGUACAAGUAUUGACACUUUUGAAUAUAAAGUAUGAUUCCUUUCCCCCUUUGUAUAAUUACUUCCUAAAAAAAUUGCAUCCACUUUCUUUCAUUUCGCACUUCUUCGAUGUUAAGGUGUACAGGAAGAGAGUGGCCAAUCAGUUUGCAUCUAAUGAGAAACUGCUUAGGUGGAACUCAGCUACAGGUGCGCAUACCACAAAUGGAGAUCAUAACUCGGGGGGUGACCACAGCACAAAGGAAAACCAUUUUGUGGAUUCUCAAAAGAGGAAUUACUAUGGGGGGAAAUUGUCUCACGAAAGAGAUAAUGAUAGGGGGCACCUCCACGGGAACGCAAACAAGAUGACGGAGAGCAGCAUCAAAGGUGACAACCUCCAAAAGGAUAACCAUUACGACAUGGGAAAAGAAAUCCUAAUGAAUGAGACACCCUCGGAGGAACUUCCUCUCCACAGUAAAAGCGAAAAAGAUGCAGUUGCAAUAAAAAAAAAAUACCUUAAAAAGGAGCCAAUGACUAACCAACGCAAUCAGAAAUGGGAAGAUGAAAUUAUGCUUCUGCAUACCUUAGUUAGCACCCUUUUGAACAUCAUCAUCAUUCUUCUUUUGUUGAUAUUCCUCCAUUUUGUAUAUACUAAAUAUAUAAAAAGGAAAGUAAUAGCAGAAAUGACUCCUAUGCCAUUUUUCUCUCUUCGUAAUUUUACCCCCCUCAUAUAUGACCUAUUUUUAUUCCCUGUCAUUUUUAUCACAUCUAAUAUUGUACUUCAUGACAAUGGUUAUCACGUGAGGGUUUAUUUUCUCCACAUAGACAUUUGUGUGCUUAAAUUUGUGAGCAUAGUGUUGCUCUUUUGUUAUGUCUUGUCAUAUGUCCUCUUUUCUUUGCAUGUUGUCCUAUCUGUGAAGAGGAGCAGUACGUAUAGUUGUUAUUUGCAAAGGUUCAUUCCGCUCUCUAUCAGCAGAAUUCGUGGUAUAGUAACAAAGCCACUCCCCUUUCAAUUUCUUUUUAAUGGCCUCACUGAGAUUUAUCUACCAUCACGCCUUACACCGCUUAGGAGUACAGCACGGGGGAAAUCACACCCCGGUUAUGCUCUUACAAACCAGCAUGUGAAGGGAAUAAGACAAAUGCACAAAGAAGAAGUACACCCAUUUUUCUUUUCUCUAUCCUCCCGUGGGGCAAGCAAAGCCAAAAGUUACCUCACGAAGAAUGCCUCUUUGAAGCGAAUUAUUCGCAAUUACGUAGACAGAUGGAGGGGGAAAGAUAAACGAAUCGGUUUGUCCAAUCACCAACCUUUGCUACAAGACAUAGCAUUAUCAGUGCCAAUCGGAAGGGAUACCCCAAAAAAAGGGUCGAGGAAACACAUUUCUAGUAAAAGGCAUUUUCCCGAGAAAGGAAAAUCGCCAGGUGGUAUCACCACACCGAGUGACGAUCAAAAAGGUGAUGCCUAUGAUGAUAAUAACGAUGGUGAUCGUGGUGAUAGCUCCCCCGAGAGGGACACCAGGAAUAACCCCCUUCAGCAAAGAAACCUAGCUAAAGUUCUUAAGAACGCAUUUUGCAUACUCGAUCGGCACAUUAGCGAGCAUCAAUUGGGAGACCCCCCAUUUGACAGUGACAGUUCCUACCCAGCUAGCGAAAAAUACCAAGCGCAGUUUUCAGCACUGAGAAAAAAUGAACCCCUUAGUAAGGAUAUUAAUAAAUGCAUUUGUAAAUUUCUUCGGGUGAAAAAUCACGAACAUGGUGUGGACCAUCAAAUCGGAGAAUCUACACAAAUUAAGAUUCAUCAUAAGGGGGAAGAUAAAAAAUGCAACCAGGGGAACUUAACAGAGAAUUUCCCAACCGGGUGCUUAACCGAGUGCAUUAGAAGAUUGCACCAUUUUAACGCACUCUCUAAUCGAUGCAAAUAUAAAAUAUCGUAUGCUGAAGCGGUGAAACAGGACGCAUGGAGGAACAAGCUUCUCCGCGUGACGAUCAGCCGGACAUCCCUAAACCGUAGCAUCCACAUCAGCAACGGUGCCAGUGAGAGGGAUCCCAAUUUGCAUUUGCUAACCCACCAGGAGGAUACACACAUUGGCUACCUCUACGACAAAGUAUCCCUUUUUAAGAAAACCUUCUUCGUCAAAAAGGCUGUGAAACUUAAACAUGUAUAUUUUCUACUCUCUCAGAAAAGAGAAAUACAACUUUUUGUAAAUAACGAGCAAGUUUGUGAUGACGCUCUGGGGAUUUACUCACUUCUUACAAAUAAUUGGUCCCACGAAAAUGCUUCUCAUUUCCUCUGCGUACGAUUAAUAACUGCCAUCUUCGUAGCAACUGUGAAUUUUUUAAUUCGGAAUGAUGUCCGUUUCGCCCUCUUUUCAUUAUCUCUCUUUUUCUUCUCCCUAUUUGUAUACAAUUUUUCUUCAAUUUUGAAGCGAUGGGGAACAGCGGAAUUGUGGGAACCAUUUGUGGAGCACGAGAAAGGGGAGACAUGUGAAGACAAAAAGAAAGCCUCUGAAUCUUUCACCCAUGGUGGAAAAUUGUCUAGUGGGAAGCUUCACCUAAGAAUGGACAACGAUGAUGAGAAGGAUGAUCAGAACGAUGUUGAUAAUACCAAACGUGAUUUGUCACCUUUCAAAUCCACCCAACAGGGCAGAUACAAUGAAUGGCUGAAGAAAGAUAUGUUAACUUACGAAACGAGAUAUCCUGAAUUAGUGCUAAGUACGUAUUUUUUUUCUUUUCCUUUCCAAUAUGUUCCCUCGAAAAGGGGAGUACUCAGAAUUGUUCAGCCUCCUCUUGUCCCUAUUAACCACUUCUCUUUGUGUAAACCCCCGGAAAGUAAAAAAUGCUUUCCACAAAAUAAUAGCACAUGCUAAAUAUUGUGUAGCGGUGAAAUGGCACUCUGCUUAUCUUAAAAUAUAUGUAAUGUACUUCCUCUAUGUUGUAGAACAAUCGUGUGAUUACUUCAUACGAUGGAUAGCUACCAUUCAUUGUAAGAAUAAAAAUUGUGACUUAUCAACAGAAAGGAGUACCACAAGGAAGACAAGGUACGCAAAUCUGUGUUCAUAUUUUCGGGACAAAAUUCUCCCUAACUGCAAUGGAGUGACUUUUAAAAAUCUGAGAGUAGACAAAAUAGAAAUUCAUCAUCAAGAAAAAGACAUUGAUUAUAAAUAUGAAACGUUAACGUUAGACGAUAAUUGCAAAAGCGUUUUUAAUUCUGAGUUGCGAAAAAAUUUAUACGUCAUUGGCAAAAUGGACCUCACUAAAUUCCACAAGGAGGGACUAUCCAAUGUAUCCAUCUAUAUGCAUAAUGACGCGAAGAAAAAUCGAAACUAUUAUAUAUGCACCAUCGAAGUAGUGGAUGAGAAAAAUAGUCAUUCCAGAAAAUCCCUAUCGUUGUACAUAAAAAGGAAAGAUACCAAGAGGAAGAAAAUCCUCCUACACAGCAGCAUAAAGGGCGACCUUCUUUGGAGUAGCAAAAUUACGCGGGAGAGGAAGCCCUCCUUGGACUUCAUUCCAACGUAUGGCAAAUUACCAAGCGAGGGGGGGCCUCCCAAUGGGGGGAAUACAGACAUUGCGACCAAUAAGGAAACUAAAUUUCACAUCGCUAACACGGCUAGCACCGCGAAACCCAACUUUGGGCGCCAAACAGGCGAGCGCAUUAAAGCCGACAAAUACUCCUACACAGAGCUGGGCAAAGAUGGACUAACCAUCAGAAGCCUCUUCAUUAAGCCAAACAGGACGUACAAAAUACAACCCGUGUUUAAGGAAAAGCACCUGAAAUGUGAGCACUCAGGAUGUGGGAAAAAAUCAAAGUCUCCAAAUUUGAGCCUCAAUAAUUUUGCACGGUUCGCGAAUUCCUACCCACGAGAUUGCUUUGAUAGGGAAACAUUUCCUAAAUGUCACAAAAAUGGGAAUUCCCAUAUUGGUUGCGCGAAGUGGGAGGAAUUAUCAAACGAAGAGGAUGGCUAUGCUUCUAGUGAUUCCCAACCAAGUGGUGAAGAUACACACAGAAAGGGGAACAGCAUGGUAAACCUUACCAGAGCUCCAUACAUACGCUCGCGAAUCAAAGGAAGAAAAUAUAAGGCGGAUGAAAGCUUCCGACAAUUUCGCGUCACAUGUGAGGACAUAGGAACACUAAUCGUGUCGCACGACAUCAAUUACGUAGACACAUUUGAGGACAUAAAAGUGGAGAAUGAAUAUGGAGAAUCGUUUUGUCUAAAUUCGAUUCGGAAUUGCAUUACUUUCAUAAAAAAAAAAUUGUUAUUUUGAGUCACCCCUGUUUUUAUAAAAAUGAAACAUAUUACGUUUAUCUGAGAGAUGGUCAAAAGUGCCUUUCCUAUUACUUAACCGAAGGAAUUCACGUGCAGAGUUCCCCCAGUGGAGAAAUCAUUUUAAGCUCGUUUAGGCAAAAUAAUAAAAUGAACUAUUCCCAAACCAGAAAUGACCCAACAAACACAGACAUAACGGAUGGAGAAGAGGAAAAUUCCGUCUACAGAAGUAGAACACUCCUUGGCGAUCACAUCGAUAUGUACAAAAUAAGUGACCAUAAAAAAAAAAAAAUUUUUUUUUGUUAAGGUGAAUAAAAAGAGUACCACUUUCUACGCGCAGAGUUAUGUCAGAAGAAAAUGUAAAAAUGCACUCGACUUUGCAUUUAUGAAACAAUUUUUCUGUAGGGGGUAUCAUCACCUCCAAGAACAGCAACCGAUAGAUGAUUUCCUCGAGGAAAUUAAUCAGGCAGAUUUUGUCCCCAUUCAGCUGUUAUACAAGCUGAAGACAAGCAGCGAUGUUGCUGCUGCCAAAAAAUUGCAGAAUUACUUUAUUGAGUGCUUAAAUGAGUCUCCAAUUUUGUGCAAAGGGGAUGACAAAAAUGGAGGUGUGGCUGAUGUGGCUGAUGUGGCUGAUGUGGCUGAUGUGGCUGAUGUGGCUGAUGUUGCUGAUGUGGCUGAUGUUGCUGAUGUGGCUGAUGUUGCUGAUGUGGCUGAUGUUGCUGAUGUUGCUGAUGUUGCUGAUGUUGAUGAUGUGGCUUACGAACUGUUGACCACAUCCGAGGGGGGGGUCACAAGGAGGGAGAAAAAAACAUAUUGGGGAAGUUCAAUUGAGAAAUGUUUCGAGAAAAAUAAAAACUGGCUUUCCUUUUGGAGAAGAUCCCCCCUUUUCAGCGGCACACGAGGUAGUACCACUGCAAGUGGCGUGAGCAGUCCCUCAAACCAUCUCACAAAUGGGACACUCCAAAAUGGGCAGCCUAAAAAAGACGAGGGAACAAUACAUACACAAUAUAGACACACACACCAAAACGAAAAUCACAGCUGGAAGGAAAACCUCCUACACAUGUGCAAAAAACAUCUCAUCCGAAGAAAAAAAAAGAAAGGAGAAAUACUUUACAGAUAUGCCGCAAACUAUAAAGAUCUUAUAAAGACAUAUGUUACACACAUUAAAAUUUAUGAAAGUAAAUACAAUUAUGUGAAGCAUAAUAAAGGCAACAUAAAAGUGCUAUCGAAUAUUCUACUGGAGUUACUAAGCUUUCCUUACGUACUAGACGUUUUUCAAAGGUACAACAUUGUAGACAAAAGGGAAGGGGAAAACUCUCACCAUUACGGAAACAACAUGAGCUUUAAUAUUUACAGUGUGUAUGAAAAGUGCUCAUUAAAUAAGAAACACACAGUUUGCAAAAUUGUCAACUAUUUGGAGGAACUCGCAGCGUAUAAAAUAAUGUACAUUAUUACCUUCUACAAGGACAAGCUGAACUAUCUGCAGCUGUUGGACAAGAUGAGCGUUGACGAGAGCGUUUGCGAGCUUCAGAGAAACGUCGAUUGGAUGUUUUACCACAGGUUUAGCUUCUCCAGGAGGGGGAUGGGAAAGACGCGGGCUUGGCACGGCCGCCCCGCGAGCAGUACCGCCACAAGCAGCAGCCACGACAGUAGUAGCGACCGAAACAGCAGCCGCUGCCGCUGCCGAGCGACAAACGAUAAGCCGACGCAGGGGAAGAGGAACACCCUCGGAGACCCACCAAAUCAAAGGACUCACGAAAAGACACUCCACGAAGUCAUAUUAGAAAGGUACAUCAAACGGAGAAAAUCCUUUGCUAACAAAUUUUACGAAAUAAAAAAAAGCAUACGCGAAAUUGCAAAAAAAUAUAGUCAGGAGGAACAAGGGACAAAGAAAAUCCUUUUUUAUUUCCCAUUUUUUAUUCACAAAAAAGAAAUAAUAAAAAUGAAAAAAAAUGUAGAACAACAAAUAUACGAAUGGAAUGCUUGUCUCACGAAUUUUUUUUCCAAUUUUUUAAAUCAUUCUUUAACGAAGACUCACAUAUGCCAUUAUAACUUGCGCAUAUUAAAUAAACACAUCGUGAAUAGCAUAAAACAUUCCAUGUUUGGCAAGCAUAAGAAUGCUAAGCUUCAUUCCCCAACUUUUAAUUUUGUGCAUGUUGUUAUUUCCUUUUCAUUUCUUAACCCACAAAAGGCCCCUUUACUUUCUCCCACAUUUUUCUACAUGAAAUAUUCACCAUCUGAACCAAUUUUUGUUCUCUGCAAUCAGGAUGAUAUUGGCAGCUUGUUAGGGGAGGACGGUGGAAGGGUUCGCCGGGAGCGAGGAGACUCUCCAAAGUGGGAAGAAUUAUCAUAUGAGGGGAGUUCACCAGGGGGAGAACACGAAUUAAGGGGGAUGGAAAGCCAAGACGGUGAGCGAAAAAAGACACGCCGCGAAAAAAGCAAACGGCGCAAUGCCCCGCGCGCGAAAAAAAAUGCACUACUCGAAGAAACAAACAUAUGUCGCGAAAAAGAAAAACGAAAAAAGAAUAUAUUACUUCCAUGCUAUCUAGAAAUUGUGAAUGACCAUCUCCUUAUAUACCUUUUUGAUAACUAUGAUAAUAAGCUAUGUUGGAGGAUCGAGCGGGGGAAUUACUCCCUGGAGACACGGGAAAUGACAGAUAGGGAGGGAGAACAGGAAGCAAAAUAUGCAACGGGGGAGAGGAUGAGAAGGGGAAAAUGUACAAGAAGAAUCAAUAGAGAAACCGUUCCGCAAACAUCACAUCCAUCUGAUGAGGGACACUCAAACUGCGGCACGUCAGAUAACGAGCAAAGCGAAGUUGUAUAUACAGUCAUUAGUACCGACGAAAAUGACGACUCGCCAAUUCCAUCGCUUAUCAAGAAGGGAAAAAAAACUCUGCCAAAGUACACACGAUUAGAACAGAAAAAUAAGAGCAGUCAAAUGAGGGGGAACUACCUAACAGAUGAAAAAAACUGCUUUGUAAAAUGUGUGCGUCUGUUCUCGAACUGCUUCAGUAACUUAAAAGACAGUUUGGGGAAAAACCUUUGCCUCUUCUUUGCAUGUUACGAGGGGGAGGAGAACAGACUGCGCAAUGGUAAUUCGGAUUACAUCAAGCUGAUAGUAAAAAUUAACCCGGCCGCCAUCCCGCAGCUAAGCAGCGCCCUAACUAUAAAUGACCAUGCGUGGGGGAAACUAACGGAAAGGAAUAAGCUUCUAAUACGCGAAAGGGUUGAAGAGGUUUGUCUGGACGUCGCGGAAGUGUUUCCACGAGGGGAAGGGGGCCCACCCGAAAUGGACCCCAAUUUAGCCCGAUCAGACGAUAUGCUCACGAGUACUACAAAGGAUGAACAGGGCUACUCCAAGUCCCCAAGUGAACGCAUCAAAGUGGAGGAAUUUACCCAUCCUGAAGGAGUUCACUCCCAAGAUGGGACGCUAAACGGAGAGACCCCCUUGAGCAGUACACACGUAAGCGAAAAAGAGUUUGCGCACGCGGAAUGGCACGAAAUACAUCUAUUUACAUUCAGCUUCUACAAAAAUAAAUUAUCAGAGCUGAUAACAAAUUAUACAAAGUCGAUCGGAGUGAAAGAAAGCAAUUCGCGUGAGAAUCACGCAAACGCAUACCACGACGUACGUUCAGACAGAAUCGAAAAGAGAAACUCAAUAAAUGAGGCUUGGAGGUAUGACCAAGUAAGCGAAGAAGCGGAAAAAGAAUAUGACGGAAGGAAAGAAGAGCAAAGGAACAUUUCUUACCUCCUAAACGGCAUAGAAAGAAUUAGAAACACAACAUUUAUAAAAAAAAAAUUUAUGGAAGAUUCAUCAAAAAGUACACACAAAGAAUUAAUAUUUUACGACAAAAAUCAACAGCUAUUUUGUAAAUACGUAGGAGAUAUGAAAAAUAAAUUUUACAAUGGACAUGGUAAAUUAUAUGACAAAUUUAACAGCUUAAUUUAUGAUGGGCAAUGGCUGAAUGCACAAAAACACGGAAAGGGCAAAUUACUAUUCAAGCAUUUUAACAUUUGGUACUUGUAUGAAGGACAAUUCUCAAAUGAUGAAAUUGUAGACAAGGGAAUAAUCUCCCUCAUCGAUAAGGAAUAUGUAAAGAGGAUACAGUCCGAUAAAAUUAAUAAACUGUGCCCCCUACUCAUUAAAGUAAAUUUCGGAAAAUAUAAAUGGCAUAAAACUAUUAAAGGGGAGAUGGAACAAAACCCACAUUUUGAAAAAGAACUCAUCAAAGAGAUAGAAAAAACGGUUAUGGAAAAUUAUAGCCCUAAUAAUAAUGUAGAUUUCUGGCCAAAAGAAAUUACAGAUAUUUACUUCCCUUACUUGAAGAAAUGGAACAUCUACUCCUUCUACUGCUCAUGCAACAUAGAAAAUAUCAAAGACAAAAAGGAAAUCUUCGAGUCCAAUGAAAACAAUUUUAAAAAUUUAAUUGGAUAUCCUUCCUUCGAGCUUCGCAAUGGCAGGAACGAUCUCUACUCGAAGGAGCGGCGAGGAGACGACGAUGAGCACGCAAGCAACGAGGAGACCCCAGGGGAAGAUUAUCCCAAGCAGCCCUGUGGAGAGGCUGAACCAAGAUGCGAUUCCCCCAAGCAGCCCUGUAGAGAGGCUGAACUAAGAUGCGAUUCCCCCAAGCAGCCCUGUAGAGAGACUGAACCAAGAUGCGAUUCUCCCAAGCAGCCAGUUCCAAAUCGUCUCUCGCAGGAACACAUUGUGUACAAGCGAGACAAGACAAACGUCCUGCACGAGGAAUUUUUCGAGUACAUGAAAAAAAAAAACGAGCAGAAGUUGUACUAUCCCCUACUGAGCAAAACGGUUGGGUUGGCCAAAAUCAUCUACGCAGACAAGAGUGAGUACAUCGGGCCAAUCAAUAGCAGGGGGCAGCCAAACACCAACGAGCAAUUCCCUCAGGCCAUUUUUAACAACGACGAUUUCUUUUACGAAGGAGAAAUGAAAAAUUUUCUGCCGCACGGAUAUGGUAUAUUCAAAAAUAAAAAGGAUGGGAGAAAUACCUACUUGGGAUUUUGGAAAAAUGGGUACAGAGAAGGAAAUGGGAGUCUUAAUUUGAGAAACAAAAAAUAUAUAGUUCAGGCAAACUUUACAAAAGAUAAGCUGCAUAGCAACGUUAACAUAUUCAUAAGGGAUGAAAAGAUAUGCAAAAUGUACAUAUCAAGUGUAAGUACAAAUAGCCAGAAAAUAAAAAUAUUUUUCCGAAAUGGCUACAUUUUUUAUGGCCACUUUUCAGAAAAUUAUCAGCGAAAUGGGAUAGGCAUCCUCAUAGACAGUAACAACAAAAUUUUAUAUCAUGGGUAUUACAAAAAUGACGUGAUCGAUAAAUUCUGCUACAUCCUACGACAUAAGGAUAACACUAUAUAUUGUGGGAACCUCUAUCAAGGAAUGAAAAAAGGGUUUGGGAAAUUAUAUUACGAAGAAACACUACACUUCGAUGACGAAAAUGAAUUCAAUUUAAGUUUAUCUAAUGCCAAAAUUUUAGCAAGAAAAUUGGAGUCAUACGAUGGUAUUGAUAUCAAUUCAGAUAUCCCCUUAAAUUUUGCUCUCGAUUCUAACCAUGUUAUUUAUGUUGGCUAUUGGGAUGAAAAUAAUUUUUCUCAUUUCGGCUCAUGUAAUUUAAGGAAUGGCAUUUAUAAAGGGGACAUAAAAGAUUCCAAAAAAGAUGGCUUAGGAAUAUACAUAUACAAAAAUAAAAAAUCUUAUAAAAAUAAAAAUAGAUAUGUUUUGUCCUAUUUUAAGAAAGACAAAAUUAGCAGCAUGGGGAAAUACUACAGUGAAUAUGACAAACUGAAAGUACACUCUUUUCACAAAGAACAAAUUAAACGCAAAAAAUCAGCUUACGACAAAUGCUGCACUAAGGGAAAAAUCAAAUAUGAUGUCUUAAAAACUGACAAACUGUACAUAAAUCAGGAGAUCGACUAUUAUAUUACCGUUCCUCUUGCAGACACGCUGUCAGUUAUUAUGGACGAGGUUUUGGAUAAAUCCACCAGCUUUGUCCAUUACUUGUAUCGCCCCUUUCGAUUCGAUUUGAAUUAUUUCUUGAAGAAGUGA